AUGGAAGCCGUGGGGCUGGGAUUUGCGGCCGCCUCGAUGGCAGAGCUGUGCUUACGGAUCGGAAAGGACCUCUACGAACGCUGCCAAUCCUAUUUACGAGCCGACCAUGAGUUGCGAGAAGCCACCUUAUGCAUCCAAGGCCAUUGGAUCAAGAUCGAGCACCAAAUCUCUGCCCUCCAUCGGGUAUGGGAAGCGCUGGGGGAUGACCUUCAGACACAUCAGAAUAUCGUACUACAGGUGCUCCAGGGGAAGUUGCAAAACGCGGUGAAUAAGGUGGAUAGCCUAGUCCUCGUUGAACAGCGGGACAAAUCCAGGUUAGACCGGAUUGUGGCCAAGAUGGGGGAUAUGAAACGACUCAAAUAUGCGGCGUAUGCAAAAUCGUCUCUGGAGAGCAUCGUUGAGGAUCUGGAGAAGUGGCAGAGGAUAUUCGAUCCCUCCUGGUUCCUCUUGGUCCGCAUUGCCGUUCCGGUGAUUGACCAGCAGUUGGCUAAAGAACCUCAACCCCCGGCGAGGAUAGGGUCCUAUGAAAUAAACGACCGGGAGUUGAUUCCACUCGCGACUGCAUCCACCGGCAGCAACUCGGGCCGGGGCCUCGUCAUCGACCAUGUUCCAGCGAGGGAGCAAGUUGACAUCGAUCUGACUACAAAGGAUGUCCAAAAUCUGGCGCGUAUUCUCUCCAAUGUCGAUCCGGAGCUUUUCGGCCUUCUUCCCUGUCACGGGGCCAUCGAAUGUCGUGAUCCAUCGACUCAAAAAAUCACCGGGUUUGAUAUCAUAUUCUCAAUCCCGGAGAACCUCAUCCAUACACGACCUCGAAGCCUUCGGACUCUCCUUUCAACAUCACCCAUGAGCUAUCCUCUGAACGAACGCGUCAAACUAGCCGUAUCACUUGCUCGGUCAAUUGUAUUCCUCCACUCGUCCUAUCUCGUGCACAAGAACAUUUCCCCUGAGAAUAUCAUUCUCUUUCAACAGCCCACCGAUGUCCUAGGAAAGCUGUCUCUGGUCGGUUUCGAGCGAUUCCGUCUAGCACGAGGGCGGACAUACAUGUCGGGUGACAGUGCAUGGGAAAAGAACCUAUACCGACAUCCUAAACGCCAGGGCCUCCACCCAGAAGAGGAAUACACAAUGCAACAUGAUAUUUAUAGUGUCGGAGUCUGCCUGCUGGAGAUUGGUCUGUGGACUUCAUUUGUCUGCUACUCUGAAGAUUCAAAGUUCAUUACUCCCAGCCCGGAGCUACCCAUCAAGGGCCACAUUGGAGCUAGGGACCAACAGAGGGCAGCCACGUUGAUCAAGAAUGUUCUUGUCCAGGAGGCCCUAAUGCGCUUGCCGGCGGUGAUGGGCCAGAUAUACAGCGACGUUGUUGUCUCGUGUUUGACCUGUCUGGAUAAAAAUAAUCAGAGAUUCGGAGAUGAAAGGGAGUUCGAAAAUGACGAUGGCAUCCUCGUUGGUGUCCGCUAUAUUGAAAAGGUAAGCUAG